AUGGAUCGACAAGUCCGGACCCCUGAAUUUCAGGAUCCAACAAACCUCACAACCAAACAAACAUGCCCCAUAUUAGCAAUCUCAACGAAAACAAUCUCUCACUUUUUCAAUCAGACAUUCCCUCAUGUUUCAAUCCUAGGACCCGCUAGGUGUUCGACAAAAUGCCCAACAGACCAGUAACAAAAUGUUUAAGGAUAUGAAUGCAGCGGGCCAAAAUGAUAAUUUUGUUGAUAAGAUCGCCUCGAUUGAAGAAGACCCGAAAGAGAUACGCGAUGUGAUGCCUGUAGAUCGCGACACGCUAGAUGAAAAGUACCGAAAAUGUAGCCUUGAUGAUUGUAAACAUAAAGUACAAGAAAGUUUGGAUGGUGUUACGGACAAGGAGAAACGAUAUGAUCGUGGAAAAAAGGUCGUCGGAUGGUUGGAUGAUAAUGAAAAGAGUCUAAUGGAUCUUGGGAUAUCAGAGGUUGAACGGACCAAAAGGUUAGAGAAUUUGAUGGAACGAAGAAGAUCAAAAACGCUAUCGAAAUUUCAAAUUAUAAGAAACGCAAUCGGAGUUGGGGUAGGGGUAGGAAAUAACAGUUGCGGUCAAAUUUCUUCGCUGCAUAUCCCGAAGAAGAAUCCAUUUCUUUAUAAAAGUUCAGGUGAUCUGAGUUCACCUCUUCCGGGUUCGGCUCCAACUUACAUGAUAAAAAACAACCCGUUUGACCUUCCUUAUGACCCGCAUGAGGAAAAGCUGAUUCUUACAGGGGAUAGUUUUGAAGACGAGUUCAUGGCUGCAUGCCGGAAAGAACCGUGCAGGCGUGAAAGCUCCAGUUUAGGGGACUUUGGAACUCCAGAAUUCAUAAAUGACACACACGAAACGCAUUACGAUACUGAGUUUGCUAUCAAGCAGUUAAGAAGAUUGGGAACUUCAAAACUAGCAAACAAGGAGGAUGACAACAGACAGCCGCAAGUGAAACGUUUGGUACCGAACGUCGUCACUGAUGAUAGCCGUGCCAUAGAAGGUGAAUCCUCUGAGAAAGUGGUUAAUGUGGUUGACCAUACGAAAGAACACGAGGUUGACCACACAAAAGAACCUGAGGUUAACCAUGAUGUAGUCUCAAGUGAUCAAUCAACUUCUUCAAGUGAAGACGAACCUAUUUUAAGGCCAAACAAAGAAGCGAUCUUGCAUUGUUUAAGUAUGUCUCGGAUGAGAGUACUCUCACAAGGUAAUAGUUUCCGUAGAAAUGCUGAAUCAUUCGACUGUGGCCCCUCUGCACUGUUUGACAAGUCGAAAACCGACGGUUCCAUUAAACGGAUUCAUUAUGGUUCAACAAGCUCAGUUGCUUCCGAUAUGCAGGUGGAAGUUGAUUCACCACGAUCAACAAACAUGUCAUCUAUAGAUGAAGAUUGUAAGCGUAGUUUGGUAAAUUCGACAAACCCAUCUGAAUUGGAUUUGAAUGAAGCAAUAUUGAGAGAUAUAGAUGAGGUGAGUGAGCAAGAUUCUUCAACGCAACCCGAGUUUUCACAACGAGCACUUGAUCCAGACCGUUUUGAAUCAACCAUGAAGCCAGAAAAAAGCAAAGAACAAGAUGCACAUUAUCUUACAGAAGAUAGAUAAACUCACAAGGAUAGUUACUCAAAUCUUGAGAGCUUGGGUCGUCAGGAUAUGGGGUUCAGGAAGUUGUCGAUAAGGUUCAGUGGUCAGGUGAUCGCAUCAUUGUAGUCGAGUCAUUGGAUGAGCUGGCGCCUGAUAGACAACUCUAAACUUUAGAUUAUCUUCAGAAAGUUGUAAACAGUUAGAAAAUGCACACAUGGGAAUGCAAUGGUGCUUGAAUAGUUGUACAUAUAGAUUAUGAUCUAGCAUUGUAUAGGUGAAUCGUAGAUGCAUUGUAUGAGUUAUUCUUGGUUCAAUUCUAUCAAGUGUAAAUAAGGGUGUUUUUUUUUGUUCCUAUAUUAACUGGUGUUAAAUA